AUGCCACCCAGGCUCAACCUCUUCACAGCCAACAAGGCCGUCUCGGCCCUCCGCCAAUCCACUACUCCCGCCCUCUCUUCCCCCCGGAGCAUCGCCAGCCCAGCCCGAUUCCGCGCUGUCCAGUCUGUACACCUUCAGCAGCGAUGGAGCUCUUCGCGUGAUGGCUCGAAAAAAGUCGAGCCCCAGCCCGAUGAACAGACUUUCCCAACUUCGGACCAGCUCCCCGAUGUUAGUGAGGAGGCUAAUGAGAUCUCGCGCAUUAUGGAUAAGGAGAAGCGGUGCGAUGGUGUUCCCUCUACCCCCGAAUUGGACCAGGGGACUCCUGUUGAAGAGAUCCUCAGCCGCGAUAAGAAUGCCAUGAAGCACAUGCCCAAGGUUAUGCAAGACGAACUUAAGAAGGCCGGUGGCUCUCGCUCAUUCUCGACCUCCGCUCGUAGCCGCAUGCCGGAUGUGCAGGGCGUCGAGCCGAACAAUGAGUUCGUCCCCGUCCCCGGUGCUGGACAGGGCAUGCAGGCUAGCGACGAGGCUGCUGCUGCUCUUGCUAGCAUGAUUGAGCAGGUGCAGGAGCAGGCUAUUGCCGAGAACCCUGGCUUGAAGUUCGACGAGCCCGUUCUGCCUAGCAAUAUUCGCACAUUGAACUUCCGGAAACGCUACGAUACAUUGCAGGAUCAGUUCACUAAGAUGAUGAUGGAGAGUGGGAAACUGACCAAGGCGCAAAAGAACAUGUCCAUUGUUCUGGACCACCUCCGCACCGCCUCUCCUCCCCAGGUGAACCCUCGCCGCCGUCUCCUCGGUGCCCCUCCCGCUUCCCAACUCCCUCUCGACCCCGUCCUCUACCUCACCCUGAUUGUCGACUCCGUCGCUCCUCUUUUCCGUAUUCGUCAGCAGAAGGGUAUCGCCGGUGGUGGUACUGCCGUGCAGAUCCCCCACCCGCUGACUCUGCGCCAGCGUCGUCGCACCGCUAUCAAGUGGAUCCUCGACCAGUCGGACAAGCGUAAGGAUGCGCUCUUUGCGCACCGCGUUGCGGCCGAGCUGGUUGCCGUCGCUGAGGGCCGUAGCUCUGUCUGGGACAAGAGAGACCAGCAGCACAAGAUUGUGGCUCCCACGCGUCCCGACUCCAUCGAACUUGUCGAGUAUAAUCUACCCCCCCAAGACGCACUCGCUGCUACCACCACUGCCGCAACCGGACCUGGACUCGGACUCGGGCCCACUGCUACAGCACAGCACUCUUCAUCUGCCAAUACAAGGCCGCUCGCUCCUGCAGUCGCUCCUGUAGUUGACUCGAGGGCGCUUGCGCUAGCUGGUCUUGGGUUAGAGCUUGACGAGGCGCACGAGAAGAGUUUUGGUCCUUAUUCUGAGGAAGGCCCGCGCCAGCGUCGCUCCGGUGGUCUUCGCUUCACUCGGUUGAGAUUUUGGAGUGAGGCUCUUAGACGUCGUUCUUCGCGGAAGGAUACGAAUACCCAUUCCAAUACCGAUACUGGAUCUGUAUCUGGAACACUCGCCAAGAUGAAGUUCUCACAUAGUGUGCAGUUUAAUGCUGUGCCGGAUUGGAGCUCGAAUUACAUUGCGUAUAGCAAUUUGAAAAAAUUAAUAUACACACUCGAGAAGCAGGUCAACCGCACUGAAGGUCAGUCUACUACCGAUGUUGAGUCUGCGCCGCUGCUGGGUGCUCAGACGAGUAACCCCGAUGGGAUCUUUAAGCGGGCUCUUGAUGCCGAGAUGGAUAAGAUCUGCACAUUCUAUCAGAAGAAGCAGGUUGAGAUCUUUGAGCUUGCGGAUGAGAUUAUCAAAGACGCUCAUGUCUAUCUUUCUGAGGCGGAUGGUUUCAACAUGGAUCCUGUCAGUGAGACUCUCAUCAAGGCCAACUUCCGUCGGAAUGGUAGUGCUUCGCUGCCACGCCGGAGAUCCAGUGCUGUGAGCAAUGACUCGAUGGCCGAUGAUGAGGGUGAUAGCGAUGAUGAUCGGUCGCCGGCGACGCUUGCCCAACGCCGGAGAAUGGCUCAGUCGACCGACCUUGAGUCCGGCACUGAUGAUCAGCACCUCGAUAUGGCGGACUCGACCUACUUCGGCCAGUCGAGUACACGCGAGCCCCUCGAGUCGCAUUUCAACGAUGACGAUUUCUUGGCUCUAUAUAACGCCGGAAUUUCGUUGAAGAAGCGUCUGAUUGAGGUCUAUGUCUCGCUCUGUGAGCUUCGGUCUUUUAUCGAACUGAACAAGACUGGUUUCUCCAAGGCUUUGAAGAAGUACGACAAGACCCUCGACCGCAAUCUGCGCCGUGAUUACCUGGCUUCUGUUGUCAACAUAGCACCGCCUUUUGUUGAGAGUACCAUGGCUUCUGUCGAUAGCCAUAUCGAUAGCGUUGAGAGCGUGUACGCCGAAAUUGUCACCAAGGGCAACCAGCAGUUGGCUAGGCGCGAGCUGCGUCUGCACUUGCGAGAGCAUGUUGUCUGGGAGAGGAACACCGUCUGGCGUGAGAUGAUCGAAAUUGAACGUCGUGCUCAGGCUGCCAACGUUGGUAUCCGUCGGACACUUUUGGGUGGUGAUGAGGAUCCUGCUACUGCUCGGCGACAAGGUGAUAAGCAGGAGAUUCGCACCCAGGAGAUCAAGACUCCUCUGGGUCGAUUCCACUUCCCGUUGUGGUUCUGUAGUUUGAGCUUUGGAACGUUGGUCUUGAGUGUUGCUGUCUUUGGUGCAAUGCUCUCGCUGCAGAUUAUGGAGACUCCGGAGCAGCAGAACUGCCUGGCUAUGUUGGUUCUCGUCAGUAUUCUAUGGGCUACUGAGGCUAUCCCAUUGUUUGUCACCUCACUUUUGAUUCCGUUCCUGGUCGUUACACUUGGUAUUAUGCGGUCAGAUGACAAGCCCCAUAAGCGUUUGGGACCGAAGGAGUCGGUUGGCAUGGUGUUUUCCGCAAUGUGGACGCCGGUCAUCAUGCUUCUCCUUGGUGGUUUCACAAUCGCAGCAGCACUCUCCAAGUAUGAUAUCGCGCGACGCAUGGCCAUGUUCGUGCUGAGCAAAGCCGGAUCGAAGCCAUCCAUUGUCCUGCUGACCAACAUGUUCGUGAGCAUGUUCCUGAGCAUGUGGAUCAGUAACGUUGCUUCGCCCGUGCUCUGCUACUCCAUUAUCCAGCCCCUGCUGCGCAACAUGCCCCCAGAGUCGGACUUCGCCAAGGCACUCGUGCUAGGUAUCGCGCUCGCUGCCAACGUCGGUGGUGCCGCAUCCCCAAUUGCCUCGCCGCAGAACAUCAUUGCCUUGCAGAACAUGUAUCCCAACAUCAGCUGGGGAACAUGGUUCUUCAUCGCGCUCCCUGUCUGCAUCAUCUCAAUUCUGCUCAUCUGGGGCUUGCUCCUGGUAACCUUCAACCCCGGCCGCAACGCAACAGUCAUCCCCAUCCGCCCUGUCAAGGACCGUUUCACCGGAAUGCAGUACUUUAUCAGCAUUGUGACUCUCCUGACCAUCGCUUUGUGGUGCGCCAGCCACCAGCUCGAACAUAUCUUUGGUGACAUGGGUGUCAUCGCCAUCAUUCCUCUGGUCCUCUUCUUCGGAACCGGAAUCUUAAACAAAGAGGACUUCAACAACUUCCUAUGGACGAUCAUCAUCCUCGCCGCCGGUGGACUAUGCCUGGGAAAGGCCGUCACCUCCUCAGGCUUGCUGAACACCAUCGCCGGAGGUAUCACCACCCGCGUCGAGCAUCUCAGUCUGUACAGCGUGCUAUUAGUAUUCUGCGCUCUGAUCCUCGUCAUCGCAACCUUCAUCUCGCACACCGUCGCCGCCCUGAUCAUUCUCCCUCUCGUCCGUCAAAUCGGCGUCAAUAUGGAGAACCCCCACCCAAACCUGUUGGUCAUGGCCAGCGCGUUGAUGUGUUCCGUCGCCAUGGCCUUGCCAACAAGUGGUUUCCCCAACAUGACUGCCAUCAUGACCGAAGUCCCCCAAACAGGCCAGCGUUACCUCCAAGUCCGUCACUUCCUCACCCGCGGUAUCCCAGCAAGUCUCAUGUGUUUCGUGGUCAUUGUCACGCUCGGCUAUGGAUUGAUGUAUGUGGCAGGAUUGUAA